AUGAGCUUGACUAUAUAUGAGUUGAGAUGGAGAGAUAUAGAUAUAGGUACAGUGGAGGAAAUGACAAGUCACUUUACUUUAGCAAGACAAAUGGAAAAGCAGAAUGAAAGUUUACACUAUCCACCAUACCCUUUCUCAUUUCAAACCGACACACGAAGAAGUAGUGGACAGUUUCUUAAACUGCAGUCUAAGUUGAAUCACAUCUUGGGAAGAGUAGAUAAUAUACCUUGUAAAACACCAGAUGAAAUACAUGUACGGAGUAUACUUUGUGGCUCAAGUUUUAACUAUGAUACUAAAGCUGCAGCAGCUGACGCAAGCAAUCUACCUACUCCUCCUAACUUGGCUGCUCUCCAGGGUGGUUUGGCCCAACUAUCUUUUAAUCCUCCUGCCACUCUACAGCCAUCUAAUAUGCUAUUACCCAGCUCAACUUUUGCUGCACCACCUCAAUCGCCUAUUAUAGCUAGUACACCAACUACGUCACGAUCUUCCUUUGGAAUUCAACCUAUUAUGCCUCACAAGUAG